AAAUCCACCACUUCUUUAUGGAGGAGCCGUCGUCCCCCCGCAAACCGUCGCCGUCCUCCCCCCCGUCCUCCUCCUCCUCCCCCGCCGGCUCUCUCGACCUCCCGUCCCUCCAGCCGCUUUCCCACGACCACCCCCUCCUCACCGCGCCCACAUUCGACCCCGAUGCUUUCCUCCUCUCGCGCAUACACAUCCCUCUCGAAGAACUUCGUGGAGAACUACGAGAGUACCUCGGAGAAUUGAGAGAAGAGCUUGUGAAGCUCAUUAAUGAGGAUUAUGAAGAGUUUCUUUCGUUGGGAAUCGGGUUGAGAGGCGAGGAAGAGAGGUUGAAGAGGUUGGAGGGGCCGUUACAAGGCGUUAGAAAGGAGAUUGUCUCUGUAAGGGAUGUGCUGGCAGAACAUCAAGCCAAAUUGCAGGAAAAACUCGACGAACGGGCAGCUCUUAGAGAAGAAAAGGCACUGUUGGACCUUCUCCAGCGUCUGUUCGAUACGUUGGCUAAAGCGGAGGCUUUACUCGAUUUACCCCACACGGAUGAAUUAGAGACGUCAAAGCUUGUCACACGUGUGGCUGGAGAGUAUAGUCAGAUUGUUUAUCUGAUGAAUAAGGCUAGAACAGAGGAGUGUGCAAUCGUCAAUGUCGUAGAGGAGAGAAUAAAGAAUAUCAAGAGCCGGCUAUCGAAGGAUCUGUCAACUGUGCUUCUCAGCGAACUGGAGAACCUAAACGCCACCGGUCUGAAGCAAUGCUUAAAGACGUAUGAGCUCAUCGAGGGCUGGGAAGAGGCCGAGGAGGUGGUACGGAAAGUCUUUCGAGAGUAUUGCCGUAAUACCAUAUCGUCAUCAGCUCUCUCCCUCCCCACAUCUCCCACGGCACCUCAGACCCCUCACCAGCUACGAAACCCCUUAGACGUCCCUCGUCUUCCGGCCAGUUACAACACUCCCCUUGCCCUUUUGUUCAAUCGCGUUCUUGCUCAAGUUGCUUCCUAUCAACCAUUAUUGGAUGCAUCAAAAGAGGUAUCGGAGAAGUUUGACUUCUUCGCAAGAGUGUUCUGGCCAGAGAUUGGGGAUACUAUCAUUGAGAGGCUCGGCAGCGUGAUCUUUGCUGCUGGUCGGCCAGAUGACUUGCACAAGUACUACACCACUUCACAUAAAUUCCUUGAUCUUCUCGAAACGAUCGCUCCAUCGGCGCACAAUGUCCUUGCAAUGCGUUCCAGUCCUUCUUACACAGCAUUUGAACGCCGUUGGCAGUUACCCGUCUACUUUCAACUUCGCUGGAAAGAGAUUGUGUCUUCGCUUGAACAGUCGCUGGCCGGACAACCGAGCUAUACAUCUACCUCGGACCACAAGGGAAGUAAAUGGGUAUUGGUACAGUCAGGAGCGGUAUGGAAAGCAUUGGAAAGCUGUUGGAAGGAAGACGUGUAUAUCUCAGAGUUAGCUCCUAGAUUCUGGAGAUUGAGCUUGCAGAUAUCAUCACGGUAUGGCACUUACCUCAAAUCGACCGUCGACAGCUAUGUCAUAACCGAAGAAGACAAUAGCCAAGAAGACGCUGCUUUACGCUUCGCCUCGGCCGCUGUUGUAGACCUCGAAAAUUUGGCUGCAAAGGUCAAAGACCUCGAUGUAGUCAAGGAACUCAAUCUUGGUGAACACUUGACAUUACCGACUACGCAAUACACCUCCAAAAUCCUCAGCAUACUCACUCGCCGUUGCACAGAUCCCCUCAAACUCAUCCGAUCCAUCGCUUCCCAAUUCCGCUCAUCUCCAACUCCGUCUACACCCUCAUCGACUCGACAACCAAGUUACUUUGUCCCCUCCGUAUUCAAGCCACUCCAUUCCUUACUCUCUUCCCAACCCCAACUGAAAGAACGGUAUCAGCAAGAUUUCAGCAGACAAAUCGCAGAUGCGGUAUUUGUCAAUUACGCUAGCACGCUUGCGAGUGUGAAGAAGACGGAAGAUUUGUUGAGGAAACACCGCAAGUCGAAAAAGUCUGGGAUCACAUCGUUCUUCGGUGGGGGCGGACACGAUGGUGGAAGUGGGGAAAAGGAAGAAGAAAGGUUUACAAACCAAAUGAAGGUGGAUAUAGACGCGUUGAAAGAGGAUGCAAAAGGGCUGGGGGUUGACCCUGAAAGCAUGAACAGCUGGAAUGAGUUGUUAGCUGUCGUCAAUAAACCCGAUGAGGCGUAGAAGGGGUUUUAUUUUUAUUUAGAUUAGUUGCCAAAGAAGUGUAUCACAGUAUGCAUUUUGCCGCAACAGUGUAAUC